GUAAAAAAAAAAAACAGAAAUCGCAUCAAACGCUGCCCUCUGUGCUGAGUUUGACGGCAAUAACAAUAGAGGAAACGUGAAAAUACUCGAAUAUAAAGACGACCCGGCGACUAAAAACAAGGGAAACGUCCGUAGUUUUUUGAGUUUUCUUCAGCUAACGCAACGAGGCCAAGCUUCAAAAUGGGGCGUAUCUUCUUGGACCACAUCGGUGGGACUCGCCUCUUCUCUUGUGCCAACUGUGACACCAUCCUGACCAACCGAGCUGAGCUCAUCUCCACCCGCUUCACCGGAGCCACUGGCCGGGCUUUCCUCUUCAACAAGCCCCUAAAUGAGGGUGGCUGUGACUCAGGAGGUAGAUGGUCAUCCACCGGCCAGAAGGUUCAAACCCAGGUUGUGAAUCUGCAGCACAGCGAGGUGCAGGACAGAGUCAUGCUGACGGGGAGGCACAUGGUGCGUGAUGUCAGCUGCAAGAACUGCAACAGCAAACUCGGUUGGAUGUACGAAUUCGCCACAGAGGAGAGCCAGCGCUACAAGGAGGGCCGCGUCAUCCUGGAGAGGGCGCUGGUGAGGGAGAGCGAAGGCUUCGAGCACGUCCCGACCGACAAUUCCUGAGUUCAUUUAUAUUCAUCUGUGGAUACCAAAGCUUUCCCUCCAGCAGCAGCAGAACAUGGACUUGCAUUGAUGGUGUUCCAUUUCUCCCUACAGCUACACCAAAAUAUCACAGGCUGGGUGUUUGUGGGAACAACUGACAACAAGGUGUUAGAUAUUUUUCAAUUCUGAUGGGGAUUAUUCCUCAAAGGGCAAAUAAAGUUGCUUUUCUUCCCAUUUAAAAAUCAUCUUCAUGUCCAAUAUGUGAUGAGCAGGUGUAGCUGAUGGUGGCUGCUGUCAGACGAAGAGACGUGGCUCCUGCAGCCUUACAGGAGGCUCAGAUUUCUGUGUAAAGAUAAUGCGGUGAAUCUUGAAAGCUGAGGCUGUCAAUGGGUCUAAUUUGCUUUAAGAGUGAGUUGUUAAACAUUAUACUGCAAAAGAAUCAUUUUCUACAAAGUGUUCAAUGUGAUGCUUUGCCCUAUGGGCUCAGCUGUGCUAGAGAAUUACCUUUAAAAGAGUUAUUAGUUGAUAUAAAAUGUUAUAAUUCAGGUUAUUUUCAUUCAGACAGGUUAGCAAUUUAAGCCUGUCACUUAGUUUAUUUUAUCUAUUAAAUGACAAAAACAAUAUUGUGGGGUCUUUACCUUUCCAUACCUCUUAUUUGACUCUAUAAAUAUAAAUAAACCUAAAUUCAGUAAAGUUGAUUUGACAUGUUCUACAGAGUUAGAAAUGCCAAUAUUUCACUACAUCACUACUAAUCUAUCCAGUUUAUUUUCCUUUAUUUAACAAAGCAUGUUUUUGUUUCAGUAUUUCAGACUUGUGAUAUGUUUAUUUGCAAAACAACAAAUGAUUUCAAAUAUGCA